UACUGCUUCAGUGUGAUUAUGCCCGAACUGGAUUCGGACUCUGAUAUCAUUUUUUGGUGAUUUCCAUGUGACAGGUUGUUUGCCGCCGAUUUUAGGGGUUUUUAUUGGACAGAACUAUGGAUGGGACUCAUACAACAGCAUCUGAAUCAGUUUGGAGUGGCAUAUCCUUGUCUGGAGAACAAGAUCAUCAGAAGAAACAUCAACAUCGGAGGAGUAAGCGUGAGUAUGAAAAAGAGGUUGAGGACUUGAAGAAGGACUCGGCGAGCUGUAAGUUACAGUUGGAAGCAAAACAUGCUGCUUAUAUGCAGGCACUUCGUAAGGGGGAACAUUAUCAGAGGCUAAACUCUGAGUUGUUCAGCCUGCUGAAGAAGUUUGAUUCCCAAAGAAAAAAGCACAUGAAUGAAGGGAAUGACAGAGGGUUUGGCAUUGGUGAGCUUGAAUCCAUGAUGAAAGAGGUAGAUGAUCAGUUGGGGAAUCCGAGGUUCAGAGAGCAGAUUUCACGGUUGUUGAGUGAAUUGAAGACCAGAGAGGGAAUGCUGCUGAACAAAGAAGUCGAACUUCUUGCUGCUAAAGAUUCAGAGCUCAAGGCACAGACCAAAAUAGAAGAGAUGGAAAUUGCCUUCAACAUUGAAAAGGAGGAGAAACAACAAAUUUUACAGCAACUGGAGGAGCUCAAGGUUGAGAAGCAAAGAGAGAAUCACAAUGACAAGGGACAAACGGAAAGAAAGAGUAUGGACGAAACUGUACACGUUGAAGCACUGGAAACUGAAUUGAAUAAGCUGAAACAAGAACUAGUGAAUGCAAAGAAAGAAGAAAAUGGCCUGAAAGCUGAAUCACUCACAGGUGCAAUGAACAAGAUCAAGGAGAAAAAUACUGAUGAUAUCACAAUCCCAUUGAAGGAAUAUGAGUCCUUAAUCAGGAAGGUUGAACAGGCAAAUGAAGCUAAAGCAUCAAUGACAGAAGGUGGAAGCCUGUCAGAAACAGCAAUGUUGAAAACAGAGUUGGAAGCAGCAACAGCAAAGAUUGGGGAGCUCAGGGCUCGUGCAGAACAAGCUCUUAGCAGAGCUGAGUUGGCAGAGAAAGCUAAAGCAGAUUUAGAGCAAAAACUGAAAAGACAUCGUGAUAAGCAGCAAAGAAGGAAGGCUGCUAUGGCAGCACUUGAAGAGGAAUCCACACCCGCACAAUUUAGUCCUUCUUCUUCUGGAGCAACACCUCAAGUAUAUGAGCCGUUGAGCAAGAUUCUCAAUUUGAAGUUAUAGAUAUCUUUUUAAUAUGCGCCAAAUCUUGGAUUAGCAAGUUGGUCGGUGUUCAAUAACACUACCUCCGGUCCUAAUUAUAAUAUCUUGUUUGUAGACUACAAACGAGGUUUUAUAAUUAGAACCGGAAGUAAUAUUAUAGUAUACCAAAUAUGUGAGCCGUUGAAUAAAGUUCUCAAUUUGAAGUUUCAGAGGUCCCUCUGAUAUGCACUGAAUCCAGGAUUAGUGUGUCGGUUGGUAAGUAAUAUGAUGGCAUGUAUUUACAUUCUUGCCUGUGUCCAUCCGGCAGGCAGGAGGAUUAGGGGUGUAGACUAUGUUGUUGUAAAUUAUGAAGAACACUGCUAUUCUUGUUUUUUUUUUUUUUUUUGUUUAAAUAUCAGGUUGAUCCAUGAGCUAUAAGCCUAUAAUGGAUGAUGAAUUGUGUUGGAA